AUGUCUCCGGCCAGAGCUCCGUCAUUACCACUGGCCUCCCAGUACCGAGGUGACAUUUUGUUGAAGCCAAUUAUUGAAGCUGCCGGGAAGGAUAUCAGUCACUGGUUCAACCCCAAGACUGGAGAUAUCAAGACUUUUAUCAAUCCGCUAACUGGCUGUUUGAGAUACUGUACACCGCAGGGGCGCUUUCUUCAUAUAUCCCCUUCCUACCCCUGCUCAGACUGGGACACAGACUUCGGGCGCCCCUGGUGGCGGGAUUCAUCCUAUGAGAUCGGCAUCUUGUCUGCCAAAACCCGUUUCAUACGUAUCAUUAACACGCUGACAUCCCAGGAGCAGACCCUGGAGGUCUGUUCAGAGGAAACUAUAUGGGAGAUUCUCCGCCGAUAUUUGCCAUACAAUGCCCAUGCUGCCAGUUACACGUGGAAGUACUGCGGCGUUCCGCUGAACAUGGACCUGACACUAGAGGAAAAUGGUGUGAAGGAUGAAGAUGAUGACUUUGAGGAGCUGAAGAUGGAUUCAGACCUGUAUACAGCCAGCAUACACUUAUAUUUCAAUGAUGACUUGACUGAACUCUGAAUAAGAAGACA